AGGGUCACUUUAGUGCUGCACAGGAACAUCUGAGCAACAUGGAGAGAAACAACACUUCCCUUACAACCAUCCCCUCAGAGGUGAUGGUGACUCAAGCGCCUACUAUUUUCCCAAGAGUGGGCUACAGUAUUCUGUCCUUUUUGAUGUUCAUCAAUACAGUGUUUUCGGUUUUUAACAACGGACUGGUGAUUGGCGUGAUGUUGAGGAACACAUUUCUUCUCCAGCCCAUGAACGUUUUGGUCCUCAGCCUGGCGGUUUCUGACCUCAUGAUCGGCCUGUGUGGCUCGCUGGUAGCCACCAUCACAAACUACCAGGGCUCCUACUUUAUUGGCCACACAGCCUGUAUUUUCCAGGGAUUUUCUGUUAAUUAUUUUGGUCUGGUUUCUCUCUGUACUCUAACCCUUCUCGCCUUUGAGCGUUACAACGUAGUGUGUCGCCCAAAAGCUGCUUUUACCCUAACCAUGCGGAGAAUCAUUAAGGGGCUCCUGUUUGUCUGGAUCUUCUGUUUGUUUUGGGCUGUUACUCCAUUAUUUGGCUGGAGCUCUUACAGUCCCGAAGGGGUCCAGACGUCCUGCUCUCUGGCGUGGGAGGAGAGGUCCUGGAGCAACUACAGCUAUCUCAUUCUAUACACACUGCUCUGUUUCAUCGUUCCUGUUGCAGUCAUAAUCUACUGCUACUUCCAUGUGCUGAAAUCCCUGAGAAAGUUGAACAGGAGCAUUGAGCUGCAAGGUGGCCGUUCCAGGAAGAGUGAGAAUGAUCACGCCAUCACCAUGGUCUUGGCAAUGAUCGUAUCCUUCUUUGUAUGCUGGCUGCCCUACACAGCCUUGUCAGUGGUGGUAGUGGUGGAUCCAGAGCUGCACAUUCCUCCGCUCGUUGCAACUCUGCCCAUGUACUUUGCAAAAACCAGCCCAGUCUACAACCCCAUAAUCUACUUCUUUUGCAACAAGCAGUUUCGUGACUGUGCUCUAGAGCUGUUGUCGUGCGGGCGGUACGUCCCCAGAGGGCCCACCAACGUCAGCAUCCCUCUGUGCUCCUUGAACAGGAGGAGCUGUCUGUCUUCCAUAAGCAGGAGCGCCAGCACGCACAGCAAGGUGUUGCCUCUGUGACUUUUUCCCGGCCAAAACAAACAAGGUGCCAUUGUUGACAGCGUUUGUUGGUGCCU